AGUACAAAGAGAGAGAUGAGCGGGAGAGACCUCCGUGCCUUUCUGUCCACUCACCGGUCAGAGGAAAUAGAGAAGUUGACCCAGCGAGUGCAGGAUGGACUGGGACUCGCCAAAUACAAACCCAUCCAGUACGAACAGCUUCGCUCAAUAGUGGAGGCCAAGAGACUCUCCUCACAGCAGAUUGAGCACAAGGUACAGAAGAGUCUGCGUGUGGCUCAGGAGAGGAAGGAAAGCUGCCUGCUGCGCCAGCACAGACAAGUGUGGAGCCGAGAGAACCACAGGCUAAGCAGAGCUCGAGAGCGGGCGGAGACAGACAUCAGAAGCUUUCUAGCCAGAAGCGGACUCGAGAAAGAGGAGAACGGAGAGUUCCUGACUGAACUGCUGCAGUAUGAGGUAACUUUGGAUCAGGAGCGUGAGGCAUUUCGAUUGGCCACUGUUGAUCCUGUGUACCAGCUGAAAGAGGACCUGCAGUACAGAAUAAUGUCACAGCAAUCAGCAGCCAAUCAGCAUUCAGAGUGUGUACGAGUCCUUCAGCAGGUGGACCGUGUGAAAGAACAGCACCAGAUCGUGCUGGACAGACUGCAGGACGAGUGCGUUUCUCUCCAGCUGGAUCUCUCCACCGCUGGACUGGAGGACAGACUGGACGAGGCUUCAGUGGAAGAGUGUGUUGGUGUUUUGGCAGAGGUACCCGAUGAGAUCCUGACUGCGCCCUGCCCGUACCCCGAGAGCAAAGCGUCCAUCAUCCGAGCCUUCAUCUCACUAUCAGAAAAGUUCUCACAGCGCCUGGAGAUGGCACACAACAGACUGCUGGGUGUGGACAGGUGUUGUGGCUGGUGCGAGGAGGAUCACUUGAGGUUUGUCCACACCGUGUGUCAGUAUUCUCCAGAACUGAGGAACCACAAGAGCCUCUGCAUGGACAUGCUUAACAGAGUACUGCCCCAUAUCUCCAAAACAGAGCUGGAUGCUCACGAGCGAACCUGGGACUGGUACCGGUUCAGCGUGGCACAGAAGAGGCUGCUGAUGGAGAGCUGGCACAGAGAGCGGGCACUGCUGUCGGUUCGUACUCUGGGACUGAUGCAGGAUGCCAGCAUCAUCUACGAGGAGGAGCGAAGCCUGCAGAGUGAUCGCUUACACCAACAACAUAUAUGUGCACAGCUCAGACAAAAGCUGCAGCAGUGGCGUGAACAGCAGGAGGAGGUGGCUCGGUUGGAAGAGGCUUUAGCAGAACAGUGGGAGGAAGAGCAGAAAGAGAGACAGAGAGAAGAACAGGAACGAGAGAGAGCUAAAAGAUCCCGACAGAAACAACAGGUGCGAGAGUUUCACGAGGAGCAGCAGAGGAGGAGAACAGAAUGGAGGCGCAGGGAGGAGGAGCGGUUGGCAGCACUCAGGCUAGAGAUGGAGGAGCAGGCGAGGAAAGAUAAAGAAAGGGUGCAGUUCAGAGAGAGACUGUUACAGCAUCGAAAGCAGGAGCAGGAAGCUAAAGAGAGACUCAGACAGCAAGAACACGAGGAGCGAGAGGAGAGACUCCAGAAUCUAUGUGAUCAGGUUGCUGUGGUGGCCAGGACAGACCCGGGGAGGAUGAUGGGACAGACCGAAGCAUGGAGAGUCCGCCUCCAGCCGGAUAAAGAAGAGUUCCUUCUGCAGAGACCUCUUUAUCACUUACACACCUAUACAGAUACACAGAUUGUGGCUGAUCCCAGGGUGCGGAUAGAGCAGGCGCUCAGGAACGCCGGCCUUCAUCACACGCCCUACGCCCGAGAACUGCUCUCAGGAAUCCCGCCAACAAAACCACCACGUCGGGACACGGAAUCCAGAGCCUUCAACUCAUCUGCAUGAAAACCUUAGACUGCUCACGUCGCCCGAUUCCCCCUCCGUCAGAUCUCUCGCAUCGCCCGAUUCCCCCUUGGUCAGAUCACUGACGCCGCCAGAUUCCCCAUCGGUCAGAUCGCUCACAUCGCACGAUUCCCCCUUGGUCAGACCGCUCACGCUGCCCGAUUCACCCAUCCCCCUCUGUCAGAUCUCUCAUGUCGCCUGAUUACAUCUCGGUCAAGAUUGCUCACGUUGCCCGAUUCCCCCUCGGUCAGAUCUCUCACAUCGCCCGAUUCCCCCUCGGUCAAGAUUGCUCACAUCGCCCGAUUCCCCCUUGGUCAGAUCUCUUAUGUCGCCCGAUUACCCCUCGGUCAAGAUUGCUCACGUUGCCCGAUUCCCCCUCGGUCAGAUCACUCACAUCGCCCGAUUCCCCCUCGGUCAAGAUUGCUCACAUCGCCCGAUUCCCCCUUGGUCAGAUCUCUCACAUCGUCUGAUUCCCUCUCGGUCAAGAUCGCUCACACUGCCUGAUUCUGUCAGAUCGCUUACACAGGGCGAUUCUCCCCGUUUAGAAAGUGUAUUCCUCCUCGGUCAGAUCUCUUACAUCGCCCGGUUCCCCUCGGUCAGAUCGCUCACUCCUCCCGAUUCCCCCUCAGUCAAGAUUGCUCACGUCCCCCGAUUCCCCCUCGGUCAGAACGCUCACUCUACUCGAUUCCCCCUCGGUCAGAUCACUCACACCCUGUUAAUGUUUCACCUCCUGCCUGGCACAAACUCAAAAACAAUAACAGAAACCUGAAUGACCCAAACAAUGACCGCUUGUGCAAAGUCUGAUGAGAGGACUGCUGUUUGGAUACAAAAAAAACCAGAGCUGUGUCAGAACUCUCUAACAAACACUCCUCUGCAGAAGAGCGGAGACUUUUCCAGCUGUACAGGAGAGCAACUUUAUAUCAGUGUACAUGAUUUUGAAACAGAAUGUCCAACAAGCUUGAGUAGAUCUUCCUAGUCAAGCAGUAACAUCACUUCUUAUCUUUCCAGCUCUUUGUAGUUUUAGGAAGCGCAACUCAACUCUGAAAUUCUCCAAAUUCUUUCAACACAAACACACUUCCAGUCUUUAAAAUAUUUAUUUAGAGACUUCGGUUCUCUCAGCUUUUUAGGACAACACAGACAACACCAAUGAUUCAGAAUUUACAGCUGAUUUGUACAUUUACAAAUACAUACAUUUAUAAAAUAAUUGUUUAUCAUUCAAAAGCCAAACAGUAUUAAAAACAGAAAGAAACCACUUCUUAUAUACAACACAGAUUACAUAUUACAGUAGUAUACAUUACAGCUUACCUACAAUAAUAUACAGAAGCUAAAACAGAACCCCAUCACAAGCGUUAAGGCAUUUUUCAGUCUAGCAACUCCCAGUACUCCAGUUUACCUCCUAGUACCCUUAUCUAAAGUGUUAGACUGUUUUUUUCUGAAUAAAAGAGGUUAAGUGCUUAACAUGGUCACAGUAAAACAUCCGGUACAUAGAAGGACAAAAAAUCCUCAAACAGGACAUAAUACAGCCGUGUGGUAUUUUAGGAUGAAUCGGGGUUCAGUCCUGAUGAACGUCUUCAUGGAUCAGUCCUAGACGCUUCUUGAUGAAAUGGGCCACCAGAUGUUGAGGUCUCUGUUGGUAUUCCAGCAGAACAUCGUGAGGUGUUGAGAUCUGAUCCCCCUCCAGUCGGUUCAGCAGAGUCACACAGAUCACGGCGGCUGCACAGACAACAUCAGGUUGUUAAAUUAUUAUUUAAAACAGCUUUAUUGUGAAAACGAAACUUUUUUAUGCACGCCAUGUCACCUCUGGGGCGCUUCUGUUAAUAAAAGUGAUUUAUUUGCGAGA